CUGCACAAACAGGUUGGGACGUGCCAGUAGAGUUCUAAAUUCAUGCGAUCACCGCAAUGAUCCACAUAGUACGGUAACGCCUUGGCCAGAUUGGUUUAGUCAUGAGCCUUGGAGCUUCUUGGGACGGGAUAGGAAACUAAUCGGAAACCAUUAUUACAUUGUAGAGUAGGAAAGCCAGCAGCCAUCCAGCGGCCUACCAAUGACUCUUGCCUGUGACCAGCCCAAUAGUUCAUUAAACAAUAUGCAACCCCUCGGAGCGCUUUCCCUUCUACUGGUGGUACUAAGAAGCGCCAGAGGGGAGGGCUGAGCGACAACUGAUCUGCGACGCACCUCAGACGACUGACCGGACGCCGGCCGGUUAUCUGGGCAUUGCUUUUGUUCUCAACAAUAUACAAACGGAGGGCUGUACAGUUUCCAAGGCUGUGAGUGUGUCUCUGAAUCAACGAAUAUGCCCCGUCAUGUCAGAAUCUGACCUAGCACCGCGCAAACCCGCCCUGGGGUCUCCAUUCCUCGACGUCGUGUCCGAUAGCUUGGAUUCAUCCUCCAGCUCCCCGCUCAGCCCGACUGAACUGCCACGGCCUGGCUAUUCACGCCCUUACCAACAUCGCAUCAUCCCACCGAGCAUAAAGGGACAUGGACGCUUGAUAGUAGCACACCGGGUUGUCCCGUACUGGGUCGGAGUUCUCCUAGUUAUCGGCGUAUUCUCCUUUGGCGUUUUUUGUGCCAUGGUGGUAUCGGGGCAUGCCAACAAUGGGAAGUCGCACAGGGGAGGAUAGCCUCAGGGAGGCAUCAAGGCUAUAUACUUGUCAAUAUCUGACGCUGCGGAAUCGCAGAUGAAGCUUGGUGUGGUUAUACCGACUGGACAGAGCAGUCUUACGGCUCGACGAAUUGUAUCCGGGCUUUUGGAGCAUCCACUAGAAACCCAU